UCCAGAUCGUCGGCUAUGACUAAGGCAAGGACACAAAGUGUAUAAAGCCACUUCCCGCGCGCGCCUCCCGCCAUCUUGCCAUUACCCAACGCAAACGAGCAAGAAAGACUGUCGUUAUACAUUUUUUCUAUCGCAUCAUUCACAAGAAUUUUUCACAAAAAGCCACUAUCCCUCAACUCACCCAACAUGUGUAUGAAGGCUCACUGCUCUACCUGCAACAAGGUCACCUGGUGGGGGUGCGGAAACCACAUUCCCUCUGUGAUGGACUCGAUCCCCGAGAGCGAGCGCUGCACUUGCACUCCUCAGGUGGAGAGGGAGGGAAAGAAGUAUCCUCCUAAGGCUGCCAAGGCCGGUUGACUGCAAGGUUGCGUGAUUCUUUAAGUGGGUGUAUGGAGUGGUGGUAUGCGGCUCAUAAGUGGCGCUAGGGGACCAGAAAUCAAUGGAGUUAUUUACCAUGAAUUGAGACUAGUAUUACGAGCGAGCCUUUUUGCCUGAUGCCCCUCCCGAUUAAUGAUACCCGAGUCUUUGAAAAAGACAUCGAUCGGCACAUCUGUUGUAGACCCUGUCUCUUGGGGCAUCUCAUCAUUCCUAUGGUUUAAAAGCGUGAGUGGCUUGAAGUUCUUCGAUAG